GAGGGCGCCAAAAAACUUUGUGGGCAGUUUUACGUGAGCGGCUGCAGCAGCUGAACUACAAAGAGCAGCAGCUGAACUACAAAGAGCAGCAGAUCGGGAGAAGUUUUUUCUCACAGAAAUACUUCUGGCACAGUCUUUGGAGGAAGAAACAGCUGCGAAAAGUAAGACUAAGAGGAAAAUCCAAGAGCACUUCAGUUCAUUGAAGUUCUUGAAAAGCAGAAUUACUCCCAUUUCAAGCUGAUUGACUGGUGACUGUCAAUUCCCAGGGAAACCCCACCUUCAUUCUCUAUGUAAUCUGUCAGUGAAACAUCAGUCUUAGAGUAAAAUCAUCUGUGAUCUUCAGGCAGAGCCACACCCUGAGUUAAUCCUUGAUCAUCUCUGAUCCACAGAUUGAAGACACGGGGAUCGUUCUCACCUGACAACCGGUGAAAGUUUCUCUGGCAAGAGGAAAAAUAGCUGUCCUAUAUCAGUGCUCACCUUUCCUGACUCAGGCAGGUCAGCUGCAGGAUUGUCCCACCUCUGUGACUGCAGGGAUGGACCAGAGGAGAUGGCUCCCGUUGGCUCUGACACUGCUUCCAGCCUGGUUUCUCCCUCUCUCCUAUGACUUUGGGCUUUUCAAUUUCCCCAGUUACAAUUUUGUCUCAGAGGAAAGAAGAAAAGGAGAAAAAAAUUUUGAGCUUAGCUCUCCCCAGAAUGUAGUUGGAAUUGUUGGCCAGGAUACAAUCCUUCCUUGCACCAUCUCUUCCACAAAGCCACUGGACAACCCUGAAGUGCAAUGGAAGAAGAUCACAGAUGGACAUCCAGAGGACAUCUACACAUACGGACAGUCUGGUGGUGAACCAAUGCAGAAAUACCAUGGGCGGACAUCACUGCCGGGAGAUGGAUUUGCCACUGGGAACGUGUCCCUGAUGCUGAAGAAUGUCCAGCCAGCAGAUGAAGGAAUGUACAGUUGCACUGUGACAUCCAGGGACUGGAGUGCUGACAGAGCCACCGAGCUCAGCAUUGCAGGUACCGGGGAAGUGUUCCUUGAAAUUCUGGGCCCUCACGGGCAAGGGCUCGAGCUUGGCUGCAGAUCACACGGAUGGUUCCCCGAACCUACUGUCCAGUGGGUGACUGAGGAUGGGCAGGGUCUGUUUGCAGACACUGAAAUACAGCAGGACAGUGAGAAAGUCUUCAGUGUGUGGAGUCGAGUCACAGUUACGGGAGAGGAAGUGGGAAAAGUCACCUGUCAAAUCCUGAACCCCUUGGUGCAGAUGGAGAAGAAAACUACUGCGCGUCUCUCAGGUGCUGCUUUUCCCCGUGUGUCUCCAUUUGUCCCUGCCUUCUGGACACUACUCACUUUAUUCCUUCUCACAUUGGCUGCUGGUGCUGUUCUGGUAUUUCGAGGUAAGGGCUCUUGGUUCACAGGACCUCAUGUUUUCAGAAGGCUGUGGGAGGUCAAUCCCUGUGAGAAAGUUCUCUGCAGAACCUGCUCUGGCAGAGGGUGUUCCUUGUGCAUGGUAGAGGAAGGCUCUGAACAGAUGGCUCAGGUGAAAAAUGAAAGUGGUGGAAAAUACCACAGGGGCCCUGGAAUCCAUGUGGAAGAGGGACACCUCCAUGAAGUCUCCCAGAAAAUUCAAACUCUGCAGGAAGAUUUCCAGAACAUGCAGCAGUCCACACAGUGUGACAUUCAGUUGCUCAGAACAGACCUGGAGAACAAACUAGAGCUUUUCAAAAUACAGUACUACAAAGAGAAGCAUAGAGGAUAUCGUGCAGUUGUUGUCACCCUGGACGCUGCCACAGCUCAUCCCGGAUUGGGAAUAUCUACAGAUGGGAAGAGAGUGAAAGAGGGAGGUUUCGGCAUGCAAGAUAUCAUCAGAGACUUCUCCAGCAAUGAGAAGAGAUUUGAUUCCCAUCUGUUUGUGUUGGCAAAGCAAAGAUUCAGAUAUGGGAGGCUCUACUGGGAAGUGUCUGUUCAGGGAAGAAGAAACUGGGCCUUGGGUAUUGCCCGGGAAUCUGUGACUCGCAAAGGGCCACUGACUCUGACCCCUAAGAAUGGCUUCUGGGUCAUCGGGUUGGCAGAUGGGCGAGACUAUUGGGCCUACACAGAUCCUCAGACCCGUCUGAGUGUGAGUGGGGAGUUGGAAGUCAUUGGGAUCUUCCUAGACAUCCUAGCCAAGGAGGUGUCUUUCUACCAUGUGUACGAUAAGGAAGCAGCUCUGUACACUUUUAGCAUUGCUGAUGGCAGCAGCCAGAGAGAUGAAUUCAUUCCCUUCUUCUCCUUAGGCUCUGCUACUGCAAACCAUGAUCAUCGGGCUCUGGUAAUAGUGUAGAUUUUUGAUGAUGUUGAAUAGUUUACUCCACAUUUCAAAGCUCAGUAAUGUACAGCCAGUGAUGAAAUCCCAUUGUAACCAGGCUGCUGCCUAAUUUGUGUCUCCUGAACAAAGCUAAUGAAGGACAGGACAGAUCUCUCAGAGUGGUCUGCUCUGAGUUUUUUGCCUUAUGGAUCAGAGUGAAGAAUGUUUUGAGGGAAAUUCUAUGUGCUCAAGAAAAAUAAAUGUACUUUAAUGUUUGUAUGAAAAAAAGUGGUGUGAGGGACUGAAAAAAAAGUUAUUAAAAUUAUUACUGGCUCAAAACAGCUCUGUGUGUGUGAGAGGGGACAGAUCAGAUUCUGCCAAGGUGCAAUGGUGCUCUGCCCCCAUGAGAGCAUCUCGUGCAUCUGUCAAUCACUGGCACACCGGUAGCACUGCCCCACACCACACCCCAGGGGACCUCUAACCCAGAUCUCAAAUGGCCGGCAGACCAGAACCCCACCUGGGGGUCAUGGCCACAGGAGUCUAGAGCAAAUACAACCAACAUCAUGAGGCCCUCCAUGUGCACGGCCCUAUCGUUCUUCGAUUUGUGUUAGCUGGUUCU